UUGUGAGCAUACAAACAAACAAACAAACAAACAACAAACAAACAAACAAACAGGCAUGGAAACGGCAAAGACCAAGCUGACAGCAGUGGCAGAAGAACUAAGUGAACUGGACAAGCGCUUCAGUGUUAACUAAUGUUGUGUACAUGUAGGCACUCGGGGAACAGAUUGUGAGCACACAAACAAACAAACAAACAAACAAACAAACAAACAGGCAUGAAAAUGGCAAAGACCAAGCUAUCAGCAGUAUCAGCAGUUUACUAAGUAAACUGGACAAGCGCUUCAGUGUUAACUAAUAUUGUGUACAUGUAGGUCUACACUCGGAGAACAGAUUGUGAGCAUACAAACACACAAACAAACAAACAAACAAAUAGGCAUGGAAACGGCAAAGACUAAGCUUUCAGCAGUGGCGAAGGAACUAAGUGAUUUGGACAAUAUUAGUGUUAACUAAUAUUGUGUACUUGUAGGUACUCGGAGAACAGAUUGUGAGCAUACAAAAAAACAAACAAACAAACAAACAAACAGGCAAACAAACAGGCAUGGAAACGGCAAAGACCAAGCUAUCAGCAGUGGCGGAGGAACUGAGUGAACUGGACAAGCGCUUCAAAGAUCCAGGUUCUGAUCUAGCUGUAGUAGAGAGGGGGUACGCAAGGAAGUUAGUUCAUGCCAUCAGUAGUGAAAAUAAGGUUUUGGAAUGCGAAGCAUUGAAAAGUCUCGGGGAUCUGUUUCUGCACAAAGCAAAGAUGAAGAAACACAAGAAAGAGAACUUCAACAAGGCCUGUGUGCUGUACACUGAGCUAUCUAGAUACUACACCAGUGAGGAAGAGAAACAGGUUAUACAGCGUCGAGUCAGAUAUGCAGAGAAAUGUACGAAGCUGGUACACAAUGAAACCUAUGCACACACAAAGGCCGAGGGUUCAGCCAACAUCACAUUGGCGGUGGCAGCGACACUUCAAGAAGUGAGAGUGAAGGUCAAGGCCAAAGAGCAGGCAACCUUAACUGAAGGUUAUACACGCGCCUAUGUUAAAGCAAUAGUAGAGCGAAAUAAGCGUCUACAGGUAGAGUCUUUGAAGAGCCUUGGAGACCUGUACCUGGAGAAGGGAAGGACUGGGAAGGACGAGGCAGUCUUCACCAGAGCAGCAGGCCUGUACCGAGCGGCGCUGGACCGCUGUGAAGAUUCAGACGGCAGAGAAACACUGGAGCAUCGCAUCAAGUACGCGGAGAGAGUCAAGGAAAAACAACUGAAGCAUGCGAGACUACGCACGAAAAGGAAAGCUGGUGACGGCAGCGGGUCUAAGUCUUCUCAAGCUUCACGUCAAGCAGUCCGUGACGUCAUCAGUCAAGGUACUUACAGAGACCACCUACAAGAGGGCUGCAAGGCUAUGCAGACAGGGGACCUGAACACGGCAGAACGGCACUUUGCAACUGCGCUCAAGUCAGUCCAUGUGAAAGGCGCAGAUGCAGACACAGGUCAACAGAAUGCAAAAGAGGCAGAGCCCCUGUACAAGUUGAGCGAUGUCUACCUAAAGAGAGGAAUCCAGUCAAAAGACGGUGGUGACUUCACCAAGGCCGCAGCUCUCUGGAAUGCAGCACUGGUAAGGACAAGUAAGGUAGACCGAAAUAAAAAACAAGCGAAUGUAGAAAUAACCAAAUCAUUCAUGAAGCGUGUGCUGCACAGCAAUCAAACAGUGGAUAAAGGAGAAUCGGAGAAACACAAAUUGCUGUUGAAGAAAACUCGACAUCAUGUACAAACGGAGAUGAAAAGAAUCGAACAAGAAGUGGAUCCUUACAGCCUCGAUGAAGAUGACCCGAGGCUAAGAGAAGUGGAGAAAAGGAGAGCGGAAGAAAUCAGAAAAUUGUUUCACACAAUUGUACAUCAACGAAGAAUGUUCAUAUCUGGCCUUGUAGAUGGAUGUAUGGAGGUAAUGGGUCCCCCUCCCUGUAAGUACGCCAUGAUGGGCCUGGGUUCACUGGCCACAGGGUUAGUAACCCCGUACUCUGAUCUGGAGUUCGCCAUCCUGAUAGAGGAGGAAACAGAGAGUAACGUCGAGUAUUUCCGCAACCUCACUCACUAUCUGCAUCUCAAAGUCAUCAACCUCGGAGAAACCAUCCUCCCGGCCAUGGCGAUCAAGUCACUGAACGAUUUCCAGUCAAAAGAUCCAACGAACAACUGGUUCUACGACUCUGUAACGCCGCGCGGGUUCGCGUUUGAUGGGGCCAUGCCGCAUGCAUGUAAGACCCCAUUUGGAAGAGGUAAACAGUCAGGCCUCAUCCAAACACCCAGUAACAUGGCAAAGCUUCUGACAGACGACCUCACGCUAUAUCUCAAGAAAGGCUACCAUCUUGCGAGUAUACUGGGUAAUGUGUGUUUGAUCACUGGAGAGCAGGACUUGGUUGAUGUCUACACAACUCUGUUGAGUCAACAACGUCAGGAUACUGAUGGUUUAAUUUCAAUGUUAGUAGCACACAUCACGCUAAAUGAGAAUGCAGCAAUGUUCAAACUCCAACCCCUAGACACCAGGCUGCUGGAUGUAAAGAAACAAAUGUAUCGAUUUGCAACUCUUGCAGUGUCGUGUUGGGCCCUACAUCGUAACAUACAGCCAACCACAAUAUGGGAGACCAUAGAGAAAAUGCACAAGAACGGAGUCAUCAGCAGUGAGAACGCGCAUCACUUGAUGGUGCUGGUCAGCAUCUCGGCAGAACUGAGGCUGCGGACAUACAUGAACAACCGUGGGCAAGUGGAAAACUUGUCAGUCUUGUCGUCAACCUCGGCAAAUGCAGAAAUUGGAGAGCAAUUGAAGAAAGUGUUUCACUUCUCAAAUGCGAAACAGCUUCUGCGAUAUUACUACACAGAAAGACCAUUGAAGGUCUUCGUUUCGCAGCUCGUCAACAGUUUGUCGUCAGAACCAUUGGCUCUAUUCUCCAAGUCACCAAUUAUCCAAGCAGAGGUCUACACAAAUUUAUGUGCUUUCGAAAAAGCAAAGAACUGUCUGAAUGAAGCACUAGAAAAUGUGCAAUCAGAACGCGGUGAAGGCAAUGCACAUCCUAAGACUGCCAUCAUGAUACUCAACAUGUUGGGUGGCGUUUGUGAUAGCCUUGGUGAUUACAGAGAGGCCGUUAGCUAUCAUGGGCAGGUACUGCAGAUGCUGCGGAGGAUCCAUGGUGAAGACACUGCACAUCGUGAUAUUGCCACGGCACUUGGCAGCUUAGGGGACACCUGGCGAAAACUUGCUGACUACAGAAAGGCCAUGGACUAUUUUGAACAGUCGCUACAAAUGCGGCGAAGCAUUUACGGCGACACUGCACACCCUGACAUUUCCGAGUCACUUAGUAGCUUAGGUAAUACUUUGAUGAGCCUUGGUGAAUACAAAAAGGCCGUAAACUAUCACGAGAAGGCACGGCAGAUGAACCAAAGUAUCUAUGGUGAGGACACUGCUCACCAUAGGAUUGCUAUCACACUAGACGCACUGGCGUUUGCCUGCUGGAAUCUCGGGAACCACAGAAAGGCCACCAGCUAUCACGAACAGUCACUGAGGAUAAAACAAAGCAUCUAUGGCAAGGAUACUGCACAUCUGGACAUUGCCGGCACCCUUAACAACAUGGCCGUAGUCUGGAGGGACGUUGGUGAUUACAAAAGGGCUGAGAGCUGUUUCGAACAGUCUCUUCGGAUACAACAAAUAGUGUAUGGCGAGAGAACCGCACAUCCGUCCAUUGCCGGCGUACUCUGCAACUUGGGUUCAGUUCAAAGGAGACUUUGUGAUAACACAAAAGCCAUCAGCUACUUGGAUCAGGCACUGCAGAUGCAAAGAAGGAUCCAUGGUGAGAAAACCGCACAUCCAGACAUUGCCACGUCACUUGCCAACUUGGGUGGCGUCUGGAGCGACCUUGGUGAUUACAGAAAGUCAAUAGAGUAUAGGGAACAGGCACUGCAAAUGGACCAGAGUACCUACGGCAGAGACACCCCACAUCCCGACAUUGCCACGUCACUUGGCGCCUUGGGUAACGCAUGGGGUGAACUCGGCAACCACGAAAGGGCCAUUAACUACCUCGAGCAGUCACUGCAGAUGAAGCUAAAAACAUACGGAGAGAACACUCCACAUCCUGAUAUUGCCGACACGCUUGACAGCUUGGGCGUCGAAUGGAGUGACUGUGGUGAUCACAGAAAGGCCCUCAGCUAUCAUGAGCAGUCUCUGCAGAUGAAGCGGGAUAUCUAUGGGAAGCCACAUACUGACAUCGCCGCCUCACUUAACAACUUGGGUAACGCCUGGAGUGACCUCGGUGACCAUAAAAUGGCCGUCGAUUUUUACGAGCAAUCACUAGAAAUGAGGAGGAGCAUUUUCGGUAAAGAUACAGCACAUUGUGAUACUGCAAACUCACUUAAGAACUUAGGUAUUGAAUUGAUGGACAUGGGUGAUCCGAGAAAUGCUCUCAGCUUAUUGCAACAAUCACUAGAGAUGGAGCAGAGUAUCUAUGGUAAAGAUGCUGCACAUCCUGACAUCGCCAAGACACUGGACGGCUUGGGUGCCGUUUGGAACAACCUCGGUGAUCACAGGAAGGCUGUCAGCUAUCAUGAACAGUCUCUACAGAUGAGGUGGGAUGUCUAUGGUAAGUGCAAUGCACAUCCUGACCUCGCCGCGUCAUUUAGAAACUUGUGUGUCACUUGGAGGGACAUCGGUGAUCUGGGAAAGGCCAUGAUGUAUUUUGAACAGGCACGAGAGAUGCAAAGGAGUGUCUUUGGAAAGAAUACUGCACAUCAUCACGUUGCCGACACACUUAACGACUUGGGUGCUGCGUGGAGAGACCUUAUUGGUUAGAGAAAGCCGAAAGGUUGUCACUAUGCUGAACAUUCACUGCAGAUGGAGUAUCUAUGAUGAGAACACUGAACAUCCUCGCAUCCUCAGAUCACUGAAUGCUUUGAACGUGACCUGUAGAGAGCUUGGUGGUGACAUAUAGAAGCUAGCAUUUGUUAAGGACACAUGAAACAAGUUAUCCGAGCAAGGAACUGCGUUUGGUAGCCUGUAAUUCUGGACAAUUCCGCAUGGAGCGCUUCUGACUUAGUUUCUAUUCUCGCCAAAGUGUUCUUCUUUCUAGCUGUGGACUAAUCAGUGAAUAUCCGAUUUACAGACUCGCUCAGAAACACGUAUCCAUGAGAUAGAUGAAGUUACUUUGAUAUCCAUCGGUGAUACAUUAUGGGGUAAUAAAAGUAUAGCAAAAAUAGGUUAUAACGUCAUACAUCGCAGUGUAUUAUAGAG